AUGUCAAAAGCAAAUGAAUGUUUCUUAUACAACUGUAUAUUCAUUGAUAUUACAACUCAAAGUGCUAUUUAUUUUACGAAUGCAAAUAAUAAGUUUCUUAACUCGUAUUGUUCAUUUAAUAACUGCAGCAGUAAUACAGAUGGUGGAUCUAUCUACUUUAAGUGUGAAAGUUCCAUUGUCCAAUACCGAACAUGUGGCUACAAAUCAAAAACAAACUCUUAUUGGGGACAUCAUUCAUAUACUGAAUUAGUUGAUGAUUCAAAUAAUAAAAAUUAUUUUUAUGAAAGUUCUGUUUAUGAAUGCGGAAAUUUAGAAAAAACUGGUACAAAUUGUCUUAGGUAUGGAAAUGUCGAAGUUAAAUCAAUCAACACAAGUUUCUGUGAAGCAGAAGAUGUCUCAGGAAUAUUUCUGGAAGCGCGUGUAUGUCUAUGUAACAUAACAUAUUCAUCAUUUUGUAACACAACAUCAUCUAGUUCAAUUAUAGGAUUACUUGGUGGUAACAUUAAUUUGAUUUUUUGUAAUGUUUUGAAUAAUGAACAAAAUAAAUCUAGGUCUGGAACAUUGCGUUCAGUAGUUGCAGAUAUUCUUAUUGAAAACUGUUCAUUUCUUGGAAACACAGGGCCAGGAGUAGAAUUUUAUCAAGAUUAUGAUUCGCCUGGUUCAAUUACAGUUAAAGAUUCUUUCUGUGAUAGAAUUGAUAAAGUGACAGGAUCAGUUACAACAAAUAAUGUUCAAAAUACAUCUUCUAUUCAAAAACUUUCUCACUUUUCAUCAUAUAUUUGUGAAGUUAAUGUUCAGACAAGGCCUCAUUCUGAUGCAUUUUAUCAUCCCUCAUAUAACAUUAGACGAGUUCAUUAA